CUAGUUUCAGUCAUUCUGAUUCAUUCAUCGUCGGCACGCGCGUCGACUCCGAACACCGUUCGUAGGUGCCUCUGCCGGUCGACUAACUGUUACUCGUAUUGUAAUUUGUUGGUGAAUAUAAAAUAAUGUUAUUAUAUUCGUAAAAGAAAAAUGUUUCCCGCGUUCAAAUGAUAAUAAUUAUAUGCAUUUAAAAAUUGUCCCCGUAAUUGAAUAUGCAGAGUAAAAGAACUUGAGUUUAAAUGUUAAACGUCGUUUUCUGUGUAAAACCAAUGACGUGAAUUGAAAUGAAAUUUUUUGUGUCUCAGGUGAAAUCCAAGACUGACUAACUGAGCCACCUCACAUCACAUUAUACCAUAUGAUAACUACCUACUGCAAAGGAUUCAUGUCAGCACGGUUUUUGUGACCCAAAAUAGUGGAGUUUAACCGAAUGAGAUGGCACCCGAACGGAAUAUGGACUUGCAGGACAGCACAUCUCCGCCGUCGUCGUCGAGACUUCCACCUCCCACUGCAACGCCAUCGUCAAUGCAGGUGACCAAUAGGGCCAAGCGGCCAAACGUGUUGCACCUGUCCAAUACCGGAUAUAACGGCAACGUCGAUGACCGUCACAACGCCGACCAAAAUGACGCCCUUCUGCUGUCUUCGAUAUCCGACGACGCACUGCUGUCUCCCGACCUUGACGCAGCCGUCGCCGCCAAUGUCGACUAUUCUGCAAUCCUGGCCAACGGACAACCGGUCACGAUUUCAGUAACUAAACACAAUUCAAGAAAGUCGCAUCUAUCGUCGCCGUCGGUGUACCGGAAGGCCAAACGGAGGGCGCUGUACAAGAAUGGCGAGUGCAAUAUCGUCCUGGAAAACGUUUCGAAACUUCGACGGCGGUACAUGCAGGACCUGUUCACCACGCUGGUGGACGCAAGAUGGCGGUGGACCCUGUGCGUGUUCGUCCUGAGUUUCUUGCUCAGUUGGCUCGCUUUCGGCAUCAUCUGGUACCUAAUCGCCUUCACUCACGGUGACCUGACGCCCGAGAACAUCGACAACCCGGCGUGGUCGCCAUGCGUGAUCAACAUGAAAACGUUUAUGGCCAGUUUCUUGUUCAGCGUGGAGACUCAGCACACCACGGGGUUCGGUUACCGGAUGGUCACAGAAGAAUGUCACGAGGCCAUAGUGUUUUUCUGUUUCCAGAGCAUCGCCGGUUUGAUGAUCCAAGCUUUCAUGGUGGGCAUAGUGUUCACGAAAAUGGCACGUCCGAAACAACGCAGCCAAACGAUCAUGUUCAGCAAGAACGCGGUGAUAUGCCGAAGGGACGGACAGCUGUGUCUUAUGUUCAGAGUUGGCGACAUGAGGGAAAAGUCGCAUCUCAUCGGCACCACCAUCCAGACCAGACUUAUACGAUCUCGAGUGACGCCGGAAGGAGAGACGUUAUCGCCACACGUUACGUAUUUGAAAAUAAACAUUGACGACCACGACGAACGCGUAUUCCUAAUGUGGCCUACCGUAGCCGUACAUAAAAUCGACCAGGACAGUCCUCUGUACGGACUGAGCGCGGCGGACCUGUUGAACGAGAGAUUCGAAGUGAUCGUAGUCCUGGAGGGCACCACUGAGUCUACGGGGCAGACUACGCAGGCGCGGACAUCGUACACGGCGUCGGAAGUCUUAUGGGGUCACAGGUUUCGCCCGUUGGUCAAAUAUUGCAAGACGAAGUUGAUGUACGAAGUCGACUACUCGCAGUUCCACGAAGUGUUCAAAGUCGACACGCCACUGUGCAGUGCUAAAGAUCUAGAAACAUACUUGAUGAUCAACGAGGCGAAAGUCAUAACAUGAUUUCAUUAAUCAUUACCACCUAUGCAUAGAUAUAA